AACAUUAUAAGCACUUCAAAUCGAAAUUGUCUGCUAAUCAGCUACUAAGUGACUAAUUAGUGACUUAUAAUGGGUUCUUUUAUGACUCUGGCUACUUUGAUGGUCUUGUUUGUAGGAGUUUCUUCGGCUCAACUUUCUACUGAAUUUUACUACAAAAGUUGCCCACAUCUUUUUCCCACUGUGUACUCGACAAUGAAAUCAGCGAUAUCGAAGGAAACGCGGAUGGGGGCGUCUGUUCUUCGCUUGUUCUUCCAUGACUGCUUUGUUAAUGGGUGCGAUGGAUCGCUUCUCCUAGAUGAUACAUCUUCGUUUACGGGAGAGAAAAGGGCUACUCCGAAUCUGAACUCUGCGAGGGGUUUUGAAGUGAUCGAUGACAUAAAGGCUGCGGUAGAGAAAGUGUGCCCGGGGGUUGUGUCUUGUGCUGAUGUUCUUGCUCUUGCUGCUAGAGAUUCAGUUACUAUUCUUGGAGGGCCCAACUGGAAUGUAAAACUUGGAAGGAGAGAUUCUAGGACUGCAAGCCAACGUGCCGCCAAUAACAGCAUUCCUCCUCCAACUUCAAGCUUAAAGUCUCUAGUGUCAAGAUUUAGUAAAUUUGGUCUUUCCACCAAGGACCUGGUUGCUUUGACAGGGGCACACACAAUAGGCCAAGCAAGGUGCACCAACUUCAGAGCUCGCAUAUACAACGAAACAAAGAAUUUAGACUCUUCGCUGGCUCAGGCACGGACAAAUAACUGCCCAAGACGUUCAGGCUCAGGUGACAACAAUUUGGCACCCCUUGAUCUUCAAUCUCCCACGGCUUUUGACAACAAUUACUUCAAGAACCUUGUGAACAAAAAAGGCCUUCUCCACUCGGAUCAACAGCUCUAUAACGGCGGAUCAACUGAUUCAAUUGUCAGAACAUAUAAUAACAAUCCCAGCAGCUUUUCCUCAGAUUUUGCAGCAGCCAUGAUCAAGAUGGGCGAUAUCAAACCUCUCACUGGUUCUAGUGGCGAGAUUCGCAAGAAUUGCAGGAAGAGGAAUUGAUUAAAUUUUAAAAGUUGCAUGCAUGGCUUUGUUUUAGCUCAUUAAACUGUUAAUGUUUUGAGCAGCCAUGGCUAUCUUGAUUAUUCGCCUUUUCAUAUGUAUUUGUAGUAGACUGUUAUUCAUGUCAAACUUAUAAGCUCUAUGUACUUUCUGUUUUCUAAUAUAAUCUGAUAAUCUGAUGUUA